AUGAGUGGUAGUGGCUGCUACGCGAACCAGUACCGCGCGCCGCGCAUCACGGAGCACCCCACGGACGUGACGGUGGCGCGCCACGACCCGGCCACGCUCAACUGCCGCGCGGACGGCUACCCGCCGCCGCUGGUGGAGUGGUACAAGGACGGCGAGCUGGUGCGCACGUCGCCCGGCGACGCCAAGUCGCACCGCGUGCUGCUGCCGGCGGGCUCGCUCUUCUUCCUGCGCGUGGCUCACGGCCGGCGCGACAGCGACGGGGGAGUGUACUGGUGCGUGGCGCGCAACCAGGCGGGCGUCGCGCGCAGCCGCAACGCCACGCUCUACGUCGCCGUGCUGCGGGACGACUUCCGCGCCGAGCCCAAGAACACCCGGGUGGCGCUGGGAGAGACGGCCAUCUUGGAGUGCGGACCGCCGCGCGGGCUGCCCGAGCCCGUCGUCUCCUGGCGCAAGAACGGCGAGACGCUGGACGUGGACGGCUCCAAGAGGGUGCGGGUCGUGGACGGCGGGAACCUGGCCAUCCAGGACGCUCGCCAGUCGGAUGACGGCAAGUACCAGUGCGUGGCCAAGAACACCGUGGGCGUGCGCGAGUCCGCCGUGGCGCUGCUCAAGGUGCACGUUAAGCCGUUCCUGCUGGCGGGGCCCCGCGACGCCGUGGCGCUGGCCGGAGGCAGCGCAGAGUUCCGCUGCCAGGUGGGCGGCGACCCGCCCCCCGACGUGCUGUGGCGGCGCACGGCCGGCGGCGGCAACAUGCCCCUGGGGCGGGUGCGCACCCUCGAGGACCGCAGCCUGCGCGUGGAGGCCGUGGUGCCCGAGGACGAGGGCGAGUACAGCUGCGAGGCGGACAACGGCGUGGGCGUGCUGCGCGCCUCCGCCACCCUCACCGUGCACUCGCCGCCGACGGUGGUGGUGCGGCCCGAGGACCAGGAGGUGGAGCUGCACCAGGACGCGGUGUUCGAGUGCGGCGCGGCGGGCAACCCGCGGCCCUCCGUGUUCUGGUCGCUGGAGGGCAGUCGCUCGCUCGUGUUCCCCGGCGCGCGCCUGGGGCGCCUCGCGGCGUCCGCCACGCACGAGGAGGGCCGCGUCCUGCUCACCCUGCAGGGCGCGACGCGGAACGACUCGGGCCUGCGGGUGACCUGCGGCGCCGUGAACGCGGCGGGGUCGGCGACAGCGCGCGCCCGCCUGGCCGUCAGCUCGCCCGAGGACCGGCCGCCGCCCGUCAUCGCCGUGGGGCCCGCCAACCAGACGCUGCCGGUCGGCUCGGCGGCGACGCUGCCGUGCCACGCGGCCGGAGUCCCGCCGCCCGUCGUCACGUGGUACAAGGACGGCGCGCCCGUGCUUCCCGGCCCCCGGGUGGACAUCUCCCCGACGGGCACGCUUCACAUCAGCGACGUGGAGCGGCGUGACGGCGGCGUGUUCACGUGCGUGGCCUCCUCGCGCAGCGGCAAGGCCACGUGGAGCGCGGCGCUGCGCCUCGAGCAGCCCACCAACCCCAACGUGCACUUCUUCCGCGGGCCGGAGCCGGCCGCCUUCCCGGGCGCCCCCAGCCGGCCGCGCGUCGUCAACAAGACCGAGACCAGCGUCACCAUCUCCUGGGCCAGGAACAACAAGAUCGGCUCCUCCUCGCUGCUCGGCUACCAGGUGGAGAUGUUCGGCCGGCAGCGCGGGAGCUCGCACGGCGGCGGCGGCGGCGGCGGGUGGGUGGUGGCGGCUCGCCGCGUGCCGGGCCCCGCGCACACGCAGCGCCACCUGGCGCCCGGCACCACCUACACCUUCGUGGUGCGCGCGGAGAACGCGCACGGCCUGUCGCCGCCCAGCGCGCCCUCGGAGCGCGUCACCACCCAGCCCGGCGAGGAGCCGCGCCUGCAGGCGGCGCGCGAGGGCCUGUCGGGACAGGUCGUGGAGCUGGUGGAGGCGCGCGCCGUCGCCACGUCGGCGGUGCGGCUGUCCUGGGAGGUGUUCGACUCGGAGUUCGUGGAGGGCGUGUCGGUGUACUCGCGGCCGCUGGACGGGGCCCGCUCCCCGCAGUCCUACCUCAUGCAGACGGUGCCGCGCGCCGGCGAGGAGUCGGGGGUCGACGUCACGGGCCUGGCCACCUUCACGCGCUACGAGUUCUUCGUGGUGCCCUUCUACCGCGCCGUCGACGGCCGCCCCUCCAACUCGCGGACCGCGCGCACCCUGGAGGGAGUGCCCUCGGAGCCGCCGUCCCACGUCGAGACGGUGCCCAUCAACGCGUCGGCGGUGCACCUCAAGUGGAAGCCGCCCCCUGCCAGCUCCCACAACGGCGUGCUGAAGAGCUACGAGGUGGCGGUGAGCAGCGCGGCCGGCGGCAACUCGAGCGCGCGCGCCCGGCCGCUCACCAACGUGACGGUGGGCGCCGCCACGCCCUCGCUGCUGCUCACCAACCUGACGGCGGGCGCCACGUACCUGGUGACGGUGGCGGCGAGCACCCGGGCUGGCCGCGGCCCCGCCAGCGAGCCUCAGGCCGUGCGCCUGGGGCCGUCCUCCAAGCUGCUGCUCAAGGACCCGCACCAGAGGCGAGUCCGGCGCCGGCUGCUCCUGACCGCGACCAGUCGCGAGCAGGAAGAAUUGGAGGGCACAAAUAUUUUCCGAGCCGGUUUGGUCCAGGAAGUGGAGCUCUGGAAUGAAGCAUACCUGCAAGUUGACCCUAUAAGGGCGCAGAUUUGGGAGGAGUGGCCUUCGAGCCGGAAAUUACACAAGCAGCCCGUGGAGCACGAGGCGGGGCUGGGCGGCAGUGACUUCCUCACCGAGACGUGGUUCAUGGCGCUGCUGGGCAGCAUGGUGGCCGUCAUGGUGCUGCUGUUCGGCGCCAUGCUGUUCGUGCGCCGCCGCCAGCUGCUCAGCAAGAAGUCCACCCUGCCCGGCAUGCAUGACGCCCGCGCGAGCGGCGGAGUGCUGUCGGCGCCGCUGACCGCCAAGGGCUCGCCCGGAGCCGCGCAGCACGACUCGUCGCUGUGGAUCGAGAGCCGCCCCGUGGGCUGCUGGCGGCACUCGGGCGACAAGGAGCCGAGCCGCGCCGAGUCGCGCCUGCUGGGCAGCGGCCUCGUGGUCACCGCCACCGCCACCAGCACCACCGGCACGGGCACGGACGCCGACAGCGAGGCGGGCGGGCCCACGUACGCCGAGGUGACGUCCAGCACGGCGGCGCUCAGCAGCUUCCAGGGCGGCCAGGAGAAGCGCAGCGACAGCGGCGGCUCCAUCUCGCCGGCGCCCUACGCGACCACCACGCUCGUCGGCAGUCGCCAGCCGCCCCUGGGCUGGAUGCAGAUGUGUCCGCCGCCAGGCGCUCCGACUGCCCCCGCCGGCUACCCGGCCAACUACCCCUACUUCUUCGGCAGGAACGUCUACUCCGACUCGUACUUCUUCAGCGACUGCUGCGGCGACUACGCGCAGCAGCCAGGGAGCCCGGCCUGCGCCAGGAGCUGCCGCAAGGCCAUGUCGGAGGCGGGCCAGCACGACGAGGCGCCGCCGCCGCCGCCCCCGGGCGCCCACGCCGCCGCCGGGGGCGCCUCGCUGUCCGUGCCGCACACGCCCUGCGCCACGCUGCGCCGCGGCUGUCGCGCCCAGCAGUUCGCGCGCGCGCAGGUGCCCGAGCCGGCGGCCGGCGCGCGGCUGUCCGUGUGCCGGUGUCCGUACCCGGACUGCCCGGAGUGCCACCGCUACUCCAACCCGCCGCCGCCGGACGUGAUCUCGCCGCCCCACCAGCCCCACCAGCCCCACCAGCCCUACCAGACGUACAGCCUGGCGGCGGGGCGGCCCUACCAGCCCGUGUACCACCAGACGUCGCGCAGCGAGCCGGGGCCGCACGACGACACCUAG